AUGACAAAUCAAAGCUGUGUGACAGAGUUUGUUCUACUGGGGCUUUCACAAAACCCAAAUAGUCAAAACAUAAUAUUUGUUGUAUUUUUGCUUACAUACAUUGCAACUGUUGGGGGCAAUUUGCUAAUUGUAGUGACCAUCAUCAGCAGCUUGGCACUCCUGGGCUCCCCCAUGUACUUCUUUCUGGCUUUCUUGUCCUUCCUGGAUGCGUGCUUUUCCUCUGUCAUUGCUCCAAAGAUGAUCGUGGACUCCCUCUAUGAGAGGAAAACCAUCUCCUUCGAGGGCUGCAUGACACAGCUCUUUGCUGAGCACUUCUUUGCUGGAGUAGAGGUGAUUGUCCUCACCGCCAUGGCCUAUGAUCGUUAUGUGGCCAUUUGCAAGCCAUUGCACUACCCCUUUAUCAUGAACUGGAGGCUCUGUGGCAUUCUGAUGGGGUUAGCCUGGACAGGGGGCUUCUUGCAUUCUGUAAUACAAAUUCUCUGUAUAUUUCAGCUGCCCUUUUGUGGCCCCAAUGUCAUUGAUCACUUCAUGUGUGAUUUAUACCCAUUAUUGGCUCUUGCCUGCACUGACACUCAUAUCCUUGGCUUUUUUGUUGUUGCAAAUAGUGGGUUAAUCUGCAUCAUAAACUUCUCAUUGUUGCUUAUCUCCUAUUGUGUCAUCUUGGUCUCUCUGAGAACUCAUAGCACUGAAGGUCGAAGGAAAGCUCUCUCAACCUGUGGGUCUCACAUUGCUGUUGUGGUUUUGUUCUUUGUCCUGUGCAUAUUUAUGUAUGCACGACCUCCAUCUACUUUCUCCUUCGAAAAGAUUGUGGCCAUAUUUUCUACCCUCCUAACUCCCUUGUUCAAUCCUAUGAUUUACACGUUCAGGAAUAAGGAAGUAAAAAAUGCCAUGAGGAAGUUGUGGACUAGACUGGUGGUGGUUUCUGAUGAAAAAUAAAACAUGAAACUUAUAAAAAAUCAAACUUCCAGAAAAAGGAAAUUGAAAUGGGCCUAGAGAAAAACUUUCUAGGGGAUGCACCUUGUAAGACAGAAGGUAAUAUAAUGCAAUAGAAAAACACUAACGCGAAGGUCAGGAAAUGUUUUUUCUACCUUCAGAUCACUCAUCAUUUCGGAGUUGGUAGCUCAACGUCCCCAUAUGUAAAAAGACUUGAAUUUUAUGCUUAUUUAAAAUAUAAUAACAAAAAGAAAUCAGGAAAAGAGAGGAAUCAGAUUAUUUAUUAAACUGCUUACCAUUCACACCAUGCUCCGAAAAACAUUCACGGAAGGAGGACAAUAAUAUCUUAGAGAUUAGAACAGGAGCUUCCUGAAACUCUUUCAAUUGAAAAAAAGUUUUAUUUUUAGGAUACUGGUCAGAGUUAAGGAUCCCUGGUGACCAAGUGGUUAAGUGUUCGGCUAUUAAACAAAAGUGGGUUGGUUUGAACCAACCAGCUGCUCCAGGGGAGUAAGAUGCAGCAGUCUGUUUCCAUGAAGAUCACAACCCUGGAAACACUAUGAGGAAGUUCUGCUUUGUCGUAUAGGUUUGUGAUGAGUCGAAAUGGAUUAGAUGGCGAUGGGAGGUGAUCCCAGUCAAUCUGAUGGAAAAGCAUUCAGGACUCAGGAAGGGCAGAGACAAGGGCAUUCUCAGAAACUCAACUGUAGAUGUUCCUGGAACAAAUGACUUCAUCAUUUAACAUGGGUCCAUUAGCAUCUGCAACAGGAUUGGUGGAAAACUCAUUAACAACCUGCAGUAUGCAGAUGACACAACCUUGCUUGGUCAAAGUGAGGAGGACUGGAAGCACUUACUGAUGAAGAUCAAAGACCACAAUCUUCAGUAUGGAUUACACUUCAACAUAAAGAAAACAAAAAUCUUCAUAGUUGGACCAAUAAGCAACAUCAUGAUAAAUGGAGAAAAGAUUGAAGUUGUCAAGGAUUUCAUUUUACUUGGAUCCACAAUCAACACCCAUGGAAGCAGCAGUCAAUAUAUUAGAAGAUGCACUGCAUUGGGCAAAUCUACUGCAAAAGACUUCCUUAAAGUGUUCAAAAGUAAAGAUAUCACUUUGAAGACUAAGGUGUGCCUGACUUAAGUCAUGGUGUUUUCAAUUGCCUCAUAUGCAUGCAAAAGAUAGACAAUGAAUAAGGAAGACCAAAGAAGAAUUGAUGUCUUUGAAUUGUGGUGUUGGUGAAGAAUAUCGAAUAUACCAAAGACUGCCAAAAGAACAAACAAAUCUGUCUUAGAAGAAGUACAACCAGAAUGCUCCUUAGAAGCAAGGAUUGUGAGACUGUGUCUCACAUACUUUGGACUUGUUAUCAGGAGGGACCAGUUCCUGGAGAAGGAUAUCAUGCUUGGUAAAGUAGACGGUCAUCAAAAAAGAGGAAAUCCGUCAACAAGAUGGAUUUGACACAGUGCCUUGAACAAUGAGCUCAAGUAUAAUAAGGAUUGGGAGAAUGGCACAGGACAGGGCAGUGUUUCCUUCUGUUGUCCAUGGGGUUGCUAUGAGUUGGAACUGGCUCGACGGCACCUAACAACAACAACAACAACGGAUCUGAAUCACUUGUUAAAAUUCUUGAGAGAUAACACCUGAUUGACCGUUUUCUGCCAAUGGAUGAGGUCCUUUUGGGUCAGUUGACCACCCCACAUGAAUCAUCUGAGGGAGAGAAGUAGAUUUCAUAAGGAAACCAUUGAUGAGUAGCUUUCAUUUGAGCUCAAAGAGGACUCUUGAUAAAUCAUUUUCCUAGCAAAAACAAUACCAAAGUUACAGUUGUUGUGAGCUGACUACAGGGUAAACAGAGGCCAGAGGUAUCUGAGAGUAAAAUUUAGACUUCAAAAGGGGAUUGCAUUCAAUUUAGUCAUUGAUUUGAAUUUUGUUGGCUUAGUUUAUCCAAUUGAAAAUAAUUCUGUUUGAGCAUUAGUCAGUAAAGAGAUAAUUCAAAUCAAACACAUCUGAACCCUGCCUAUAUAUUUUUUAAAAUAGCAAUACCCAACCUGGUUUUAUAGCUUCUCCUAUCUAC